AAGAGGCGGGACUAUCUCCAAGGAUUCGUCCGCAUUGACCUCCGCCACAUCCUUCGUGCCCUUUAAUUCGCACAUUGGCAGACUGGAAAUUUAUCCAGCGAGUUUUAUUUUACUUGUCUAUCUAAAUUAGAAAAUGGCGUUGCUAACACCUCUCCUUGCAUUCCUCUACCACUUACCGCAGGUGUACAAGUGGCUGCUAAAACCGUACUAUGUCGCGUCUCUGUUCAUGUCAGUCGCGUUUCUCCUGAUCCGCAAGACGCCAGGCAUCUGCGAGCAUCUUUCGACACAACGAGAGGAUGGCAACCCCUGCGACUUUGACUGGAGAGAAGUGGAGAUUCUUAUGUUCCUCAGUGCCAUCGUCAUGAUGAAAAACAGAAGAGCUAUAACGGUGGAACAGCAUGUGGGGAACAUCAUUCUGUUCAGUAAGGUGGCCAACGUUAUCCUCUUCUUCAGACUGGACGUCCGCAUGGGCCUGCUCUACCUCACCCUCUGCAUCGUGUUCCUGAUGACCUGUAAGCCUCCUCUCUACAUGGGCCCAGAGUACAUCAAGUACUUCAGUGACAAGACCAUAGACGACGAAUUGGAGAGGGACAACAGGGUGACGUGGAUUGUAGAGUUCUUCGCUAACUGGUCCCCGGAGUGUCAGUCCUUUGCCGCCGUCUACGCAGACCUCUCCCUCAAGUAUAACUGUGCUGGGCUCAAGUUUGGGAAGGUGGACAUCGGCCGGUAUGGAGACGUGUCUAAGAAGUACAAGGUGAGUACCUCUCCCCUCUCCAAGCAGCUGCCCUCGCUGCUGCUGUUCCAGGGGGGCAAGGAGGUGAUGAGACGCCCCCAGGUGGACAAGAAGUGUAGGGCCGUAUCCUGGAGCUUCACUGAGGAGAACAUCAUCCGGGAGUUCAACCUGAAUGAGCUCUACCAGAAGUCCAAGAAACUCAAUAAGUCCAAGGGAGACUGGAGCGACAAGAUCAACGAAUCACAGUUCCCGCCGUUGCACGAAGAGGAGGAGCCCGAGGUCGACGCCCAGGGGGAGGAGACGGAGACCAAGAAGGACAAAUAGAAUUGUCAGGGGUAGUGGCCUCAGAAGAACGCUGGGACAUCACAAUGGGACUAGCUGGUGUUCUGUUCUAUCGAGGGAACAAACAUGAUUGUUUCGAAUCCUUUUUUAUUUUGCUAUGUACAACACGAUUUGAGUUGCAAAAUGUGAUUAUGAUUAACUCGAUAUUAACUAAUAUCUCAACUGUGCAGUUCGAUUUGUACGUCUCCGUCAUACUUAUGAGUUGCAUCGAUCUUUCCUCCAGUUCCCUGGAGAAACUCUAUGCUCAUCAUUGGUUGUGUCCCAAAUGGCAUUCUAUUACCUAAUAUAGUGCACUAGGGAAAAAGGGUGUGACUUAACAAUUGAAUGCAUUUUAAUUAGGCUUUAAUAUUGGCACACUAUAAUUAUACACUCCAUUCCUUGUGUUUCACUUGAUUUAAAACUUGUCCCAUUUGGGAUAUAGUGUGAAUUUACACUCCGUCCAGUCCAUGCACCCAUUGAACUGAAGUUACAUUGGCUUCCUCUGAAAUGGCUUAAUGGUUCAGACAUGGUCAAGUAUUUUACGCCAGCUACCUACCUUCGACUGGGUCCAUGAUAAUGAUAAUGUGUAUGAGCCACGGCCUCUGUCCCAAAAGGUCUUUGAGAGGAAACUUGUUUUAUUUUUUUUCUCUUCCAUAAGUGGUUGUCACCUCAUAGUUUUCAGUUCAAGAUGAUGCUGGAGUGAACAGAGCAUUUGGCUAAUAACACUAAGUCCAUGUGAGAACUAGACCUGUUAUUUUGUCAUCUACAAAAUAUCAGAGAUGGUUGAGGGAGGCACUGGUAGUCUCUAUCCCUCACUCCCCUCCAUGACAGAAUAUCCCUCACUCCCCUCCAUGACAGAAUAUCCCUCACUCCCCUCCAUGACAGAAUAUCCCUCACUCCCCUCCAUGACAGAAUAUCCCUCACUCCCCUCCAUGACAGAAUAUCCCUCACCCCUCCAUGACAGAAUAUCCCUCACCCCUCCAUGACAGAAUAUCCCUCACUCCCCUCCAUGACAGAAUAUCCCUCACUCCCCUCCAUGACAGAAUAUCCCUCACUCUUCUCCACCCUGACAGAAUAGGUAGAAUUACAUGUUUACUUUCAAAUGCUCCCAUCUAAACGAUUAACAUUUUGACACCAGCAUCUCAUUUUACUACCUGUUUGACAUUCCCUUGGUUACUGUAGAAUUGUGUCUCAACCUUCCGUUCAGAAUGUGUAGAUUGAUUCCGUAAAUGGGUGAGCCUGCCGCUUGAGGUGUCUGACAUGGUUUUUUAUGCAAUAAAAAUGUGUACAUGACUACAUUGAGUCUGGCAAUGUUCCCGACUGCAGGAACAUUGCCUUUAAAUGUCAAUUUGCACUAUACUAUAAAUCAUGCACGAGGGGGUGUGGUAUAUGGCCAAUAUACCACUAAGGGCUGUUCUUAGUGCCUGGACACAGCCCUUAGCCAUGGUAUAUUGGCCAUAAACCCGAGAUGCCUUAUUGCUAUUAUAAACUGGUUACCAAUGUCAUUAGAGCAGUAAAAAUUAAUGUUUUGAUAUACCACUGCUAUCAGCAUUCAGGGCUCAUCCCACCAGGUUUACAAUUAAAGAUAAAUGGGAAUUUAAGCAACAUGUAUGUUUUGGUGGCAUAACGUUAAAAAAAAAAAAAUACUGCAUAGUUUCCUAUGAACACGAAGCGAGGCGGCCAUCUUUGUCGGCGCCGGAUGUUGAACCUACAUUUUGGCACCGCCUUCUGGUAGUGACGGCAUUUAAGAGUUAUGGAGGGAGGCGAGACAUGAAGCCAAGCUUUGAGCCCCCCCAUCAGUAGGAGUUUGCUCCCUACAUAUGAACCUGAGAACUACUUAUAGGCACCACUGACUGAUUUAAACCCCACAAUGAUUCUCUGGCCCCUCUGGAAGAAAUUCUGUUAAGUUGCAUGAAAAUCUACUGUAACUGGAUCAUAACUUUUAAUUGCCAAUGUGGAAUCCUUUGGUCCAACUUCAAAGUUCUACUCUGAAUGUGUAGUAAGUAUGGGAUAGACUAUAUUCUGCCCUUUCUCGUGUGUUGCAUUGGCAGACCUCAACUGCAAACAAAAAGAACACUGCCUUUGGUUUUAAAUACUUUAUUACCAAUGCUCAAACACACACGCACAUACACACAUGCACACGCCCACACACAUACAGAGCUAUACAGUACUUUUUCAAUUGUAUUUAUUUAUUUCAAAACACCCAAGUCCAGGGCCUGUACUUGUCUAAACAUCAUCUGUAAGGGCAUUGGCUGUUCCUGAUGGCAGUCAAACAUAUUGAGUGACGUGCUUUUUUUUGUUGUCCUAGACCAUUUUGUUUCAUUCUACGCUCCUGACUGGUCAAACAAACUGUCAGUCUAAAGCAAUGCCCUGUAAAUUGUCUUAAUCUUGCAAAAAAAGAAGAAAAGUACAAAUUAAAUAUAAAAAAGGAUGUUA